AUGGAUGUUGAUUCAAACAAUAAUUCAUUCAAUGUGAGUGAGGAAGUUGAAGAACAAGAUAACAAUGUUGAAUUUAAUGAGAGUGGUGAACUUAAAGUAUUCAAAAAUAGGGAUGUUACAUAUAAGUUAACCAUAGUUGUGCUUGAGCACACUUAUGAUUUGAUUCCGACUGACUCGCGGCAUUUUGCAAUAAAUAAGAGGAUUCUUACUCUGGUGAAGAGAAGACUAGAAGUUAACGAUGCAGCAAGGAUUGCGAUGGCUAGGAAUUUUCAUUCCAUAGUUGUUGAAGUGAGGGGAUAUGAGGCAUUAACGUUUGAUGAACAAGAGGCAAUGAAUUAUAUUCAGAAUGCUAGAAGAUUGAGACUUGAGAUAGGAGACGCCGAAUUAGUUACACUCUAUUUUCAUAAAAUGCAACAACAAAAUUCGAACUUCUAUUUGACAAUUGAUCUUGAUAAAGAUGGUCACAUGCGAAAGUUGUUUUGGACAGAUGCCAGGAGUAGGGCGGCUUAUAAAGCAUUUGGGGAUAUUGUCUCAUUUGACACUACUUAUUUGACAAACAAAUAUGAUAUGCCGUUUACUCCAUUUGUAGGAGUUAAUCACAGUGGACAGUCAGUUUUGUUUGGUUAUGGGUUGUUAAGUAAUGAGAACACUGAGACAUUUGUCUGGCUAUUCAAAGAAUGGUUAAGUUGCACGUCAGAUGCUCCCCAAAAGCGAUAA